AUGGACUUUGGAAACAGUUCCUUAGUGACUGAGUUUAUCCUUAUAGGUUUAACAGAAUAUCCAAAGAUCCAACUUCCCCUCUUCUUCUUCUUCCUAGGAAUCUACAUUGUCACUGUGGCAGGUAACCUGGGAUUGAUCACUCUAAUUGGACUGAACUCUCACCUUCACACUCCUAUGUACUACUUCCUCUUUAAUUUAUCCUUUAUUGAUCUCUGUUACUCUUCUGCCAUCACCCCAAAACUGCUGGUAAACUUUGUAUCAAAGAUAAACACCAUCUCAUACUCAGGGUGCAUGACUCAGCUCUUUUUCUAUUGCUUCUUUGUGAAUGCUGAGUGUUAUGUGCUGACAGUGAUGGCCUAUGAUCGUUAUGUGGCCAUCUGCAAGCCACUGCUCUACACAGUUACCAUGUCCCUUCAGGCCUGUUCUCUGCUGGCUCUGAUUGUAUAUGUGGGGGCCUUUGUUGUUGCUUGGGCUCACACUGGAUGCAUGCUGAGGCUGACCUUCUGUGAUGCUAACACCAUCAACCAUUAUAUGUGUGAUAUCCUCCCCCUGCUAGAGCUCUCCUGCACCAGCACUGAAGUCAAUGAACUAGUGGUUUACGCUGUUGUAGGCUUUGAUGUUGCUGUACCCAGCCUCACCAUCAUUGUCUCUUACACUUUCAUUCUUUCCAGUAUCAUCAACAUUAACUCCAGGGAAGGAAGGUCCAAAGCUUUCAUCACUUGCAGCUCACAUUUAAUUGCUGUUUGUGUAUUCUUUGGAUCAGGGGCAUACAUGUACCUCCAUCCUUCUUCUAUUUUGUCCAUGAACCAGGGAAAAGUGUCCACUGUGUUCUAUACCAUUGUCAUGCCCAUGCUCAAUCCUCUGAUCUAUAGCUUCAGGAACAAGGACGUUAAAUUUGCCUUGAAAAAAAGCUUGGGUAGAAAAACAAUUUCCCUGAGCUGA